AUGACAAGGCGUGAUGAUGAUGUCUUCUCUUUAAAAUUCAAUGUAGACAUAACUUCAGAAGACUUUACAAUUGUUUGGCUCGAUGCUAAUGUACAUCGGUAUACACAAGAAUAUAAUGAACUAUAUCGAACAAGCAACAUUAUUGAGCUAUUUGAGAAUGAAGAAGAUUGUCAUCAGUUUCUUGAUACUACAUCCAAUAUUCGAUCCAAAAAAUUGUUCGUGAUUGUAUCUGGUAGCUUAGGUAAAACAUUUGUACCAAAAAUUCAUGAAUAUAAACAAAUUUUAUUCAUAUACAUAUUUUGCCAACAACGCAAACAGCAGAGUACUUGGGCACGCAAUUAUAAAAAGCUUGGUGACAAUCGAAUUAUUACACAAACACAAAAUUUGUUUGAUCAACUUACUGAUGACAUUCGUCACACAAUUGAUGCUAUGAUUCCAAUCAAUAUUUUUAAUCGGGAAAAAGAAGAAUCAAUUCAAGAUUUAGACAAAGACAGCGCUUCGGCUAUGUGGUUUCAACUUGUAAUUGAUGUUUUAAUAAAUAUGGAAAAGACAUCAAAUGCCAAAGAGGAAAUGAUACAUCUGUGUGAUUCACUAUAUUCAGACAAUCCUCGAGUACAUGAGCAAAUUGUCGACUUCAAACAAAACUAUUGUCAUGAAAAUGCCAUUGUUUGGUAUACAAAAGACUCGUUUCUCUAUCGAUUACUGAAUAAAGCACUUCGCAUAAAAAAUAUUGAUGUCAUUUAUCCAUUUCGCUUUUUUAUUGCUGACCUUCAACGUCAAAUUCAUCAAUUGCACACCGAAUUCUUAGAAUUUGUAUGUACAGACAUAUUGACUGUCUAUCGUGGUCAACAAUUGGGAGUGGAUGAGAUCAGAAAGCUAGAAUUGAAUAUUGGUGGAUUAGUAUCGAUCAAUACAUUUUUAUCAGCGACGUUAAAUCCAAAAGUAGCGCUAACUUAUGCUGGUGAAAUCAAAGAUAAAUCAGUUGUAUUUAAAAUUCAAAUAGACAUUCGUACAAAUACCAAAGUUCCUUUUGGUAGCAUAUCUCAUAUGAGUGAACAUCGAUUCGAAGAAGAAUUUCUUUUUUCGAUUGGAGCAGUCUUUCGUAUUACGGCUGUCGAUCAAAUCGACAACGUCUAUUAUAUUACAUUGAAAAUUAGUGAUGAUGAAAAUGAAGAAAUAAAACAUCUUUUUAGCUACUAUUAUACGAACUAUAAAGUUAACGAGCCUACUACAUUGAUCACGCUUGGUAUGUUUCUUCAUGAAAUGGGUCAAUUUGAUCAAGCUGCUUACUAUUAUCGAUUGAUGUUACGUAAUAUUAAUCUGUCUUGUGAUUAUGACAUGCAGAUCAAACUUUACAAACAACUUGGCUAUGUAGCUAAAAGUCAAGGUCAUUAUCAACAAGCGAUUGAAGACUAUAAUCGAGCACUUACUCUCAUUCUUGAAUAUAAUCCCACUAACUAUCAAGAUUUAUUCGAAAUCUACAGUAAUUUGGGUGUAGCCUAUCGUUAUGUAUUCAAUUUCGAUGCCGCUCUAAUUUUUAUGCAAAAAACGUUAGAUUUACAUACAAAUUAUAUGGAACUAAACGAUAGUAAACUCUCUCAAGUAUUCAACAAUUUAGGUCAAGUAUAUCGUAGUCGAAAAGAAUAUGACAAUGCUGAAUUCUAUUUUAAGCAAGCUUUACAUAUUUUUAAUCAUUAA